AUGGAAAUGUUUGCCAAAAUCAAAGGGUCCAAAACACCGGGCAGAAACGUGGCAGAUAUGAUGGAGAGGAUCCGUGAACAGAUAAACGGAAGAUUAGAGGACAGCGAGCGGGCUCGAAAGGAGAGAGACGAAGAAGAAAAGAAGCAUAGCGGAGCCAAGGGAAAGGGGAAAAAGAGGACAAGACAAGAGGACCAGGGCAAAGGAAAUAAGGGAAAGGCGAAAGAACGAAGGAUCUGGGAAGAUGAGGAUGAAGAGGAUUUAAACAAGACACUAAUGGAGGCAGCAGAGGCGGUAGAGGAAGCGGAGGCGUCGAUGAGCGAGCUUGAACAGGGGGAGAAGCUACCAAGGAGGCUGGAGGAAAGAGCAGCAAAGGCAGAGACGGAGGCGUCGAUGAGCGAGCUUGAUCAGGUUUUCAGGUGGGAGGAAGAAAGUUCGCAGGAUCUGCCACGUCCAAGCAGCAGCUCCACGCCGACACCAGGGGGAGAAGCUACCAAAGAGGCUGGAGGAAAGAGCAGCAAAGGCAGAGACAAGGAGGAGAGCGCAGCAGGAGGCAGAAAGAGGAGCAACAUGCUAAUGGCAACGGAGGAAGAGAGACCUGAGCAGGAAACAGGAAAAGUCAAAAUAAGGCAGGUCGAAGUAUUACAGCCGGUAGUCAAGAUCAUGCGGCUAAAAACUGAUGAAACUAGGGGCAGUGAGAUGGAAGCGGUAGGCAAGGGAAAAGAAGAAACAGGGACGGGAGCGAAACAGGAGGAAGAGCAAAAGCUCAUAAGAAUGAUUACGGAAAUGAGGGCCAACUUCGAAAAGGACAAAGGGGCCAGGGGUAAACGGAGCGAGGAGAAACGGGGCGAUGAUAACGAAAAUAGAAAACGGGACGAAGACUGGGGAACCAGAGAGGGGAAGAAGCAGAAGGAAGGAGGAAUGGGAUGUGAAGAAGGAAAGGGGGACAAGAAGGGAAGGAAAGGGGGGAACAGAGGAGAAGAGGUGAUACUCAUUAAAUAUCCCAGGGAAGAUAUAGGAUACUGGGGAGCGGUCAAAUGGCUGAAGACGGUGGUAGGCGAGUAUUCAGAAAAUUUUCAGGAGAUAAGGGAUACAAGGAAAGGGGACAUUCUGAUAGCGAUUAAAAACGACCCGGACUUGGAUAAGGAAGAGUUGCUGAGAGCUUACGGAGAGAGCAGACUAGGGGAAUUUGUUGGAAACGGUGACAUCAGAUUGAGAUGUAUUAAGGGGCCGGAGGGCACGUGUCACAGGAUUGCCUAUCUAGAUUGCACAAGAGAAGCUUCCAAGGAGAUGGUGCAGGAGAAAGAAAUUCGUACCAAAUGGCAGGAGUUAAGGCCCUUCUUUCCAAGGAGGAAGUCUGAUUUUGAAGGCGAGGACAGGAGCAAGAAAAAGGACGAAAAGGGCAACACGGGAGCGAAGAAGGAAGCGAGGAAGGAAGAUAAGGAAGCGACAGAAAUAGAGCGGUGGGCCAAACCUGGCACGAGCAAAGAGCCAUG